AUGCGAUCGAUACCUCUGCCGCUGCGCACGCCUUGGAGCGAGAAAAGGCAAGAAUACCGGACUGCCGUUCGAGGACCACAGGCGCUCCUGGACCCCAAGAGCGACGAGAUACUCGCCAACGCUAUUAAGGAACCGGUCGCAUUUUUUGGAGGUGUGGUGGCUGGCAUUCUGCGGCUGGACUUGAAUGAGGAACCACUGAGAGACUGGGUGAAGCGCACUGCGGAUGCUGCUGGUGUGGCCCCCGCAUCCUCCAAGACAUUGGUGAAUGAUGAUGAUGGUGAUGGUGAGAUAGUGAUUGAAGAUGAUGAUGAUAGUCAACCAGUGGAUAUUGCGAUUGAGUAG